AACACGCCGCCUGUGAUUUCCAGCUUCAGUCGUGUUGGCAGCACGAUGCGCGAGAGAGACAGACGCGGGGCUAUGAGACCGGACCUUCUGCCGGAGAUGUUGAUGGAGAAGAAUCCCUAAAGCCGCCGCUGCCCAAGCAAUGUGGAUAAAUGUGGUUUUCUGUGCGAGUGCGGGCUGCUUUAUCCGUCCGUUUUUCUGAACAUCGCUACAGUGUAGUGGACCUGGAUGCCGUGUGGGCGAUGCUGCCACAAGGGAUACAUUGUGAUUUCGCAGAGAUGUUUUGGCAACCGUUGCAUAAAUUAAAAUAAGACACAUGAAGAUCGGAGUAAACAGGGAUCUAAUAAGACAUCACCACCUGUUACAAAUCAGCUCUAAAAGGCUUCUAGUAUCACAAUGACACCAUAGCAUCAGCCUCCUGUUACUGCAGCGGAGCCACCUAUCAGGGACCAGAAACCUCGCCACACGAUAACCUCGCUCUGCUCUCCAGUAUUAGCUACUCUGGGGAUAACGUUGCUACACCUACAGCCAGGCAGGAGAAGUGACAGCGCUGCUCUCCCACAACCCAAGUCUGACAGUCAUGAUCCAGAGAGACCCCCUGCUACAGCUCAGAUCGAGGAUCAACUCACUGCUAGAUGGCUAGACCGCAACACACAAAGAGCUGGGGGCCUUUCUGCUAAGUAUCCCUCACUGCAUAGUAGCACAUGGAUUUCAAGACUUCAAAUGAAGAGACAAAGACUGGGAUUUAUUUGAUGCAAGAAGGUAAUGAGGAGCCAUUCAAUAUUCGACUACACUUGGCCAAAGAUAUUCUGACCAUUCAAGAACAAGAUGUCAUCUGUGUGUCAGGAGAACCUUUUUAUUCAAGUGAGAGGACUGUAACGAUCAGACGGCAGACAAUUGGAGGGUUUGGCUUGAGCAUCAAGGGUGGAGCAGAGCAUAAAAUCCCUGUUGUAAUAUCAAAAAUAUCAAAAGAACAAAAAGCUGAACUCUCCGGGCUGCUUUUCAUUGGAGAUGGCAUCCUUCAGAUAAAUGGAAUAAAUGUCAGAAGCUAUCGCCACGAGGAAGUGGUGCAAGUUUUGAGGAAUGCUGGAGAAGAAGUGACUCUAACAGUGUCCUUCUUAAAGAAGACUCCAGCCUUUUUGAAACUUCCCCUGUGUGAGGACUGUACAUGCAUCCCCAGUGACCAGAGUAGUGGGACUUCCUCUCCACUGUGUGAUAGCGGCCUACACUUGAACUAUCAUCCUAACAACACGGACACGCUGUCCUGCUCAUCCUGGCCCACAUCUCCUGGGCUUCGCUGGGAGAAGAGAUGGGUGGAUCUACGCCUUAUCCCUCUGCUACACUCACGCCUGUCGCAGUACAUCCCCGGCUCCGAUGUCUGCAGGAAAAAUGCUUUCCAGGUCAUAGCUGUUGACGGAGUUUGCAGCGGAGUUAUACAGUUUCCCACAGCUGAGGACUGCUUGGACUGGCUUCAGGCAAUAGCGAACAACAUUUCCAGUCUCACCAAGCACAAUGUGAAGAAGAUUAACCGGAAUUUUCCAGUGAACCAGCAGAUUAUCUACAUGGGCUGGGUUGAUGAGAAGGAGCAGGACUCCGUUCAGGACCGAAUGUACUCAUCAAAGUUCCUCGCACUGAGGGGUUCUUCACUUUUCAAGUUCACAGCCCCUCCUGUGACAACAUGGGACUGGACCAGAGCAGAGAAAAGCUUUACCGUGUACGAGAUAUUGUGCAAGAUUUUAAAGGACAAUGACCUUCUGGAUAAGAGGAGGUACUGUUUCAGCGUCCAGACAGAGAGUGGUGAGGACAUGUUCUUCAGCGUUGAGCUGGAGUGCGAGUUGCUGAUCUGGGAAAAGGCCUUUCAGAUGGUUACGUUCCUGGAGGUGGAGAGGAUACAGUGUAAAACAUAUGCUUGCAUCAUGGAGAGCCACCUAAUGGGACUCACAAUUGACUUCAGCAUGGGUUUUGUGUGCUUUGAUGCUGCUUCAAAGGCAGUGCUGUGGAGAUACAAGUUUUCCCAACUAAAAGGAUCAUCUGAUGAUGGAAAAAGCAAGAUCAAGUUUUUAUUCCAAAAUCAAGACUCCAAAUCGAUUGAAGCAAAGGAGCUGGAGUUCUCCAACCUCUUCGCCGUGCUUCACUGUAUUCACGCUUUUUUCGCUGCCAAAGUUGCUUGUCUGGACCCGAUGUUUGUGGAGAGCCAUGGUACCGUGACGACUGCUGGUAUUGCUUCUCUGUCCAGUCUCUCCUGCAAUUCACAGACUCCCAAACUGAAAUAUGCCACUUGACAAGUGCUGCUUUCUCUGGACUCCUUUGAAAAGACCCUGCACUUAAUCAUGAAUGUGGCCUCUGUGCAAGUGUAACACUGGAUAUCUUCAGAUUUAUGGAAUAACUUUGGACCUGACCUUGAACCUCUAUUUGAAUAACUUCAGAUAAAGACUUGUUGAACACAUAUUGUGCCAUUCAGAAAUGUUUUUAAGUGAUUUUGUCUUUCUCCUGAGCCUCAGACAUCCACAUGUUUAACACAUCAAAUAGAAAAAUGCAGUUCUAUCCCCAAAGUAGUUUGUACUUCUUUUUAACUCUCCUGAACAUGGGGGGUUAAAUUAGAACAGAUUUUAGCAGUGUUUCACCACUUCAGAUGCUACAUAACUUGAACUUGUGGAAGGAAAAGGUUGAACUCUGGAUAUGAUAAUAGGAUGUGUGACCUGUUCAAUUUUCUUUUGAAGUGUUUUGAGAUGAAAACUUAGAUUCAUUAUUCAGUUUGAAGUAAACUGUAUUUUCCUUUGUUUAAAGCCCAGCUAAAAGCUAAAUGGUGACAUCCGUUUGGUCUUAUAACUAGAGAAUCAUUUCAAUAGAGAGUUAAUUUAAUUCCACAAAUGUUUGCUGGCAGCAUUUGUGUAAGAAAUAGUUCCACUUUUGGUGGUUUCAGUUGCUUUUCCUUUUUUUAAUAUAUAUUAUAUACACUUUUGUGAGGUACAAAUACAACUAUUUCAUUAUUUGCAGGAUAAAAAAAUUGUAUGAAAGUGUAUGAUGGCUUUUUUUUUAUUAUUAUUAUUAUUAUUUUUGCAUGGCUGACAAAUGGCACCUUGGUGAUCAGAUUCACCAUGAACACAACACCAGUUUGUCAAAAAACACUAAACAUGAUGAGAACCCCUCCGAUGAUGGUUAUAGCAUCCCCUCCCUUAAAAAACAAAACUUAAUUAUGUAAAUAAACACUGACAUUUGAAUGAACUCAAACAAAUUAUGAAUUAUGGUGAUUGAUUGUUGGGAUUAUAGCAUUUGUUAAUUUGAUAUGCACCAGAGAUGACUACAUAGAUAGAUCACACCUCGUGCUCCCCUGAUCAUUUACUCUAUGGACCAAUCUAAAAGGACAAAAUCAGCUCUUUUUUUUUCUUUUUUUUUGGGGGGGGGUAACUUCACCUUGUAAAUAUAAAUGACAGAAAAUGAGCAACAAAGAGGACAACAGAAAUAUGUAGCAUCCUGGCCUCUGUGUUUGAUAAACCCCUUUAAACUAACUCUGUAAAAGCUGCAGAGUGACAACAAAACUAUCAUAUUCAUACUCAAUUACUGUAAUUAGUCAUGCUCUUACCUUGUCAAACAGAAGUGGCCCCCGGGUAGGUAAACUCUAGAGGAUAGCAAAUUAAAUAGGGUCAGUAAAGUGCUUUGUACUGUGCGGCCUUGUUAAGCUGACACGAGUGUCUGAUGGAAACUGAUGGUGGUGCAGUCUAUGCAAAGAAAGCCUGUGUGAUGCUUUUGUGCUUUAAAAUGAUCUUGGUCGCAUAUUCCCUUAUAACACAGGAUUCAGAUAGUGAGGUUAAUUUUAUUUUUCCGCAGAUGUUUUUAUUAACAAAUAUGCUGUGUAAU